UAUUUUGAUUUGUCAUAAAUUCAUAAUACGCGAUUAGUUUAUGGGUGGGAAUAAAACAAAUUUCGAUUCAAUUUACUUAAAAAACAAGUAAAUACUAAAUAUAGUUACUCCGCACAUAAUAUAAAAUAUAUGUCUUUCUGUAAUGUAUUCUAUUCCAAAAAAUCAAAAGUAUCUUAGUAUAUAAUAAUAAAACGAAUACAAAAUGUUAUAGUUAGUUUUCAGGAUGCCGAGAUUAUUACCUUUAAGAAUAUCUAUUAAAGAUUGUUUAGUUUUAGUUAUUUUGGUUAUUUUUAAUACAAUACAUAUUACGGACAUGGCAAAUAAUAACAUGGAUAUUCAAAGCAAAGAGAAGAAAGUAAAAGAGGACACGUCCGAUAAAGGAGUUACUUUUAAUGAAGUUGAAGAAGAAUAUCUCAAAAGUUGCCCAUAUGCAGAUAAAGGCAAUAUUUCAUUAUGUUCUUCAUUGCUUUAUCCCUGUAUAUCUUGCGAUAGAAGUAUAGAUUGCCGAUAUGGAGAAUUUUACAAUUACAAUUGUACUGUGAAACCAAAAGUUAUGUGCAGUGGCUCCAAAACAUUCAAUAGGACAGCAAUUUGUCGCUUUUGUUACCAAACUGAGAGAUGGGAACAUCGUUGUGAUCAAAAAGCAAAUUGCAACUCAUUGGCAUCUCCUCUCAACUUCUACUUGACAAACUGCACAGUGUCUGAUGACAUCAUUUGUUUAGGGAGGCGAAAGUUCUUAAAGAAAAUUCGUUGCUCUUGGACUGCAGGUACAAGGUGGGGCACUGCCUUGCUCUUGGCACUUACACUAGGAGGUUUUGGUGCAGACCGGUUUUAUUUGGGACAUUGGCAAGAAGGCAUUGGAAAAUUAUUUAGCUUUGGCGGUUUAGGAGUAUGGACACUAGUAGAUGCUCUAUUAAUUGGAAUACAUCAUUUGGGACCUGCAGAUGGGUCAUUGUAUAUAUAAAUAAUAGUAAUAA